AUGUCGAGCACAACAACAUUGACCGAACAACCUACAACGAAUGGUGUGAAGCCUGCUAUGAAUGGCGAACACUCUACGACGAGCGGCGAGCACUUUGAGACGAAUGGCGCUGCAACAACUUCGAACCACAGAGAGCCCAUGAAGCUGUCGGGUGCAUUGGACGGGAUCAAGUCCUUUGACGUGACACCGAUGAUCGGACGAGAGUUCCCGACAGCGAGUCUGAAAGAAUGGCUCUACUCGCCCAACUCGGACGAGCUCAUUCGCGAUCUUGCCAUCACCAUCUCCCGCCGCGGUGUCGUCUUCUUCAGAGCACAAGACGGCAUGACUAAUGAAGACCAGAAGCGCCUCGCGCAGAAGAUCGGUGAACUGGCCGGCAAGCCUGCCACGUCCAAACUGCACAUCCACCCUUUCUCCAACUUCAACGGCACGCCGGAGGACAAGGAUAACCAGAUCAGCGUCAUCAGUAACAACGGCUUCAAGGGACCGUACAAGCCUUCCGCUGCACUGGAGAUCAAGCAGACACAGAAGGACGGCUGGCAUUCCGACAUCACCUUCGAGAAAGUCCCCUCGGAUUACUGCAUCCUGCGCCUGACUGAAGUGCCCGAGACAGGUGGUGACACCAUGUGGGCGUCCGGCUACGAGGUCUACGACCGCAUCUCACCCGCCUACCAGCAAUUUCUGGAGAAGCUCACCGCAACCUACGCACAACCUGUCUUCCAGCGAGGAGCCAACGGCGCCGCUUCCAAUCUCUACACCGACGAGCGCGGCGCCCCUGAGAACGUAGGCGAUGGCCUCACAGCCAUCCACCCUGUCGUGCGCACGAACCCCGUCACAGGCUGGAAAUCCAUCUACCCCAUCGGCUACCACGCGCGCCGCAUCAACGAAGUCAGCGAGGACGAAAGCCGCCACCUGCUCGACUGGUUCACACGUCUGGUCGUGGAGAACCACGACCUGCAGGUGCGGCAUCGGUGGCAGAAUAAGAACGACGUGGCGAUCUGGGAUAAUCGCAGCGUGUACCAUACCCCGACGUUCGAUACGGAGGCGCCGCGGACGGGGCAUCGGGCGGUGAGUCUGGGGGAGAGGCCGUAUCUUGAUAAGGGGAGUUGUGGGCGGAGGGCGGGGUUGAAGGCGGAGGGGGCGAUGUGGUAG